AUGGGGCAGAGCAUGGGCGCCCCGCGCUGCCGGGGGCGCGGGCCGGGGGCUGCCGGCCGCGGGCAGAGCCAGCGCCGCCGUCCCGCUGCCGGGGCCGCUGCCGGCCGCCCAUCACGGCGCGCCCCGCAGCCGCCGCCGCGGCAGCCCGCGGGCCGCUCGGGCGCUCCGCAUGCCGGGGCCGGGCGGCUCCGCGGGGAGCGCGGCGGGGAGCGGUCGGCAACAGAAUUCAGCGUCCAUGUUCCUGUUCCCCAGCUGACACUCUGCAGGCUCCGCACACACCAGUGGUGCUUCAUCCUCUGCAAUGUCCUGCUCUUCCACGUGCUGCUCUUUGGGGCAGACCUACUGGAGCAGUACUUCCUGCAGUCCCUGCCUCUCUCUUACACCGAUGCAAAGGCUCUGGAGAUCAGGGAGAGGGCCAGGAAGCUGGAUCUGGAUCCUCUGAAGGCCAACCUCUCUUACACCAGCAGCAGUGCAGCGACUUGCCCCAAGCAGGAGAUAUUUCUGCUCAUUGUUGUCUGCAGCAGCCCGGAGAACAGGACGAGGCGCAACGCCAUCAGGCAGACCUGGGGCAACGCCACGGGCUCCAGGGGCUACAGUGUCCUGACUGUGUUUGCUGUAGGAAAGGCAGCUUCAGCAAGCACCCAGCUGGAGAUCAAGGAGGAGGCUCAAAGGCACCGAGACAUUAUUGAGGGCAGUUUCAUCGACUCCCCCCAGACACAGACACAGAAGAUGCUGAUGAGCGUGGAGUGGACGGUGACCUUCUGCCCCAGUGCCAGGUACAUCCUUCACACAGCCCAGGACGUGUUUGUGGGUGUUCCCAGCCUGGCUGGGUACCUGCUGAGCUUAGCCCAGCAGGAGGACAUCUACCUUGGCAGGGUGGUUCAUCACGGAGUGCCUGACAGGGACCCCCAGAGCCCUGCCUUUGUCCCCAUCCAUGAGUACCCCGAGCAGUUCUACCCGGAUUUCUGCCACGGCAGCGCUUUCCUCAUGUCCCAGGACGUGGCUCGCAAGGUUUACGUGGCUGCCAGGGAGGUGCCACUGGCACUGCCCCCCGCUGCCUUUGUGGGAAUCUGUGCUAAGAGAGCUGGCAUCACUGCCAGGCACAGCUCCCGCUUCGCUGGGGACAGGCACAUCAGCUACAACCCGUGCUGCUAUAAAUUCAUUUUCACCUCUUCUGACAUGAGGGAGGACGAGCUGUUUAAGGACUGGAAGGAAACGAGCGAUGGGGAGGAUUGUUCCUUACUGGAAACCUACUACAGCCUGGUGUCCUGCAAGGUUCUGACCUACAUUGAUAAGUUCAAACAGUUCAACUUGGAUAGGAUAAAAAAUGAGCUCCUUCAUUUUGUCAAUUAAUGUUGAACUUCUGCAAGAACAGGCUGGAUUUUCUUUCAUCGGCUGUGUUAUCCUGGUAACAUUUAGUACAAAGGAUGCCCUCCCAAAGUUUGCUCUUUUCCCUUCAGCAGCAAAUGAAUUCUCACUGUUACAGUGUGACAGAGCAGAACUGGGUGUCCUCUGCCUCUCUACAAGUGCAUGCAUGGAAGUAAAAAAGGGUAUUCCAACAGACUUCUCUGUAUCCAUGGUUUUUCAGACUUUUGAGUCUUCAAAACUGAGUGAGGCAUCACCUACUUCCAAAGAAUUCUGGAGCAAAGGGGAAGCUUUCCAUCUACAAAAGGAGCUGCUUUUGAGCAGACUGGUUCAGAGAGAAACAGAGCAGCUCCAGCAGGAACAGACACUGAGCCAUCAUGGGAAUUCCUCAAGUAAUGCUGUUUGUUAGCAUCCAUCAAAUGACAAGGUUUGGUUUGGGAUUUUUUUGUUUUUUAAACCAAAUGUUCAGCAUGUUACCUCAAUUCUCCAGCAUUCCAUUUUGUGGUUUUCCUCAAUUAUUUCCACCUGUUACUUUAAGGGGGGGAUGACAAAAACAACACACUUCAGAAUUGUCAUUUAUAUCAGAUACAGCAGCAGCAUGUAAUCCAUAUGGCAAUGUACAGCAUGGGCAGGGAACUGCCUCUGAGUAAUAGGGGGAAAGUGAUCAAUUAAUCAAUCAACACUGAGCUCAAAGCUCAACAAAAUAAAGCAUAUGUGUAUACAUAAAAAAAAUCCCCUUGUUUGGCAUCUCUGCACAUUCUAAAAUAUUGUCUUUGGCAAUUGUACCAUGCAAAGCAGAUGCUAAAUACUCAGCACACAGAGUAGCCUUCAAAAGCACCAGCUGAAAACACACAUGGAAGAGGCUCAUGAAUUGCAGAACAGGUUUAUAUAUUGAUUUCUUUUACUGACAUUUCAGCAUAUGGCUCAUCCAGAGCCACCAGCACACAAAGCCACCUAAAAUAACAGAGCUGAACUGCUCAGAACAAGUGCAAGCUAAGGACUUCUACACUCUUUUAUUUCCUUUUUAGUGCUUUAAAGUGUUUGUUGGAUGCAGGAUCCAUGAAGCUCCAGUGCUCUCCCCACUCCUGAGACACUGCAGGGCAUUUCUCACUGGCAGAUCUUUAUUGGGCACAUUUAGGGUAACAGCAGCAGCAAUGGGAUGCAGGAUGACAACAACUCAGGGACAUCUUGGGCAACAAGGCACCUCACCUGCAUUCAGACAGCUUAGCAAACAUUAAGGGAUCUCCCCCAGCUCCUCUGGGCAGCAAUUUUUGUCAGGCAAUGCCAGCUGCCAGAGUUCCUGCAGGACAGGAGCUCCUGCUACCCCUGGUAGCACAGGGACAUGGGAACAGGACUCCCCACAGUCACACAUUACUAAAAGAAGCCCCAAAGCACUAAUUUCAUGUUUUAUUCUGCUCCCCCUCAACAAAAAGAACACAAGGCUUUGAUAGAAAGUACCCUGUGGUUUCUGUUUAUGGGCAAAGACACACCACAGCUCAUGGAGUGCCCAGCCACUCCUGAUUCUCUGCCACAGCUCUGACAUCUUCCAAAGAAGAUUCCAACUUCCUAAGAUGCCACAUUUCCAUACUCCCACUUCAUUCACUCCCUCCAACACAAGAGCUCCAUGUUCUUACCCCUUUUAAUCAUCUAACUCAGGUAACUAAAAUACCACAUUUCUUUAAAUAACACUUUAAAAAUUGUAUCUCUGUUAAAAAAUAGUGUAAACAAUUCAAGAUUUGGUUCUGAAGUAGCCUUGUAGUGCUCCAGCCACUAAACUGAGCUGCCACCCCACAGCACAGCCAGCCAGGGACACAAAGCUCCCUGGUGGGUUUGAUCC